GCCCUCUGACCUUAGGCGGCGCCGGGGUGAAAGGGCGGGCGGCCAUUUUGUGGCGGUUGGUCGCCCCUGAGGCCGGGGGCCCGGUCCAGCCAGGCCAGGCCGGGUCGGGUCGGGUGAAAUCCCGCCAUGUCGUCGUUCUCGGAGUCGGCGCUGGAGCGGAAGCUGUCGGAGCUCAGCAACUCUCAGCAGAGCGUGCAGACGCUGAGCCUGUGGCUCAUCCACCACCGCAAGCACGCCGGGCCCAUCGUCGUCGUCUGGCACCGAGAGCUCCGCAAGGCCAAAUCAAGUAGGAAACUGACUUUCCUAUACUUGGCGAACGAUGUCAUCCAGAACAGUAAAAAGAAGGGACCCGAGUUUACGAAGGAAUUCGAAUCGGUGCUCGUGGAUGCUUUUUCACACGUGGCCAGGGAGGCAGACGAGGGAUGCAAGAAGCCCUUGGAACGGCUGCUGAACAUCUGGCAGGAGAGGAGCGUGUAUGGCGGGGAGUUCAUACAGCAGCUGAAACUGUCCAUGGAGGACUCCAAUAGCCCCCAACCCAAAGGGGCUGUCACAGAGAAGAGGGGGGCUCCACCUGUUCUCCAAAGCACCAGAAGGCAAGACAAGAAGCAACGGAUGGAAACUCAUCAAGGAAAGAAGCAAGCUGGAAUUAGAGAGAAAAUUCCUAACGUUACAGAGGAGAAGAAGUCCCUGAAGAGGACAUUUCAGCAGAUGCAGGAAGAGGAGGACGACGACUACCCUGGCAGUUACUCCCCACAGGACGCCAACGCCGGGCCCCUUCUGGCAGAGGACUUGAUCAAAGCCCUGCAAGACUUGGAGAACGCAGCCUCGGGCGAUGCCACAGUGCGGCAGAAGAUUGCUUCUCUUCCCCAGGAGGUUCAGGAUGUGUCCCUGCUGGAGAAAAUCACAGACAAAGAGGCAGCGGAGCGGCUGUCGAAGACGGUGGACGAGGCCUGUUUGCUGCUGGCAGAAUACAACGGGCGGCUAGCCGCAGAACUCGAAGACCGGCGCCAGCUGGCACGCAUGCUGAUUGAAUACACGCAGACCCAGAAGGAUGCGCUGACGGAGAAGGAGAAGAAGCUAGAGGAAUACAAGCAGAAACUGGCCCGAGUCACCCAGGUGCGCAAAGAGCUGAAGUCUCACAUCCAGAGCCUGCCGGACCUGUCGCUGCUGCCCAAUGUCACAGGCGGGCUGGCGCCCCUCCCCUCUGCCGGGGACCUUUUCUCUACUGACUAGGAUACAAAAAGGGGGGGGGAGAGGGUCUGCCUUGCUGCCCACCUGUCCCAGCACUGGUACCAGACCCCUUUCGUCAGGAUGAGGGAUCCUCGCAGGAAGCUGAGCUCAGAAGGGACGGGCAGAGGACCCGCCAUGCGCCCAUCUCCAUCUCCAUCUUGGCUGGUGCCCAGCCAGGUGACCGGAGGGGGGUGGCGGGAAGGGAGGUGGGCACUGAAGGGCAUCGCCUCUUGUUUUGGGGAGAGGAGCCGAAGGCGUCUUUCUGGAGGAAAAUUCUGGGCAUUUCCGGGGGUCACAAAUCAUGUGUGCCCAGGGCCUUUGAAGAAUUUUUGAGCUCUGUGUUGGUUUUAUUUUUCUUCUCCUGUAUUUGACAAAAAACAAAACAAAAACUGGAUUGUUUUGAG